CGUUCCGGAAGUUGUAGUUUUUUAACUAACACAAUUGUGCGCGUGGUCAGGAGCAACAAGGAGCAGCUCAGCGUGGACAGAGUGUGGCGGUUGCUGUAGCAGCAGUAACAACAGCGGGGUCGUUGUCAGUGGAUGUUGAGCUGAGAAAAAAAAAGAAAGCGCGCGCACACAGUUCCCACCUGAUGCACCUGGCUGCUUUCUGUUACAGGUCCCCUCCUGGCCAGCAUCCCUCCACACUCGCCUACCUGUAACACACACUCCCCCACACAAAAGACAGGCGUAUCAUCAGACACACCCCAUUCCAGCCGCGAGUUAAUCCAUCAAACCUCACUCACGCAAAGUUGUCACUCCACACACACACACACACAAACAGGUUUGCUUUCCCCAAACGCACACACUCUCCUUUUUUAAACUUCGCUGGCAGCAUCAUGCUGAGCCCGGAGCUGUUGCAGAAGCUUGGGUUGCCAGAUCUGGAGGAUGUCAGCCAGUACAUCAAGAGCAUCUCCACCCCCGUGUUAGUCAGCAUGGGGGCAGUGGCUGCCGCGACAACCUACUACCUGGCAACAAGACCCAAGGCCCUCCCACAAGUCUGCGAUCUCAGCAUGCAGUCAGUGGAGAUCCCGGGUGGAGAGUUUGCAAGGCGAUCAGUCCUGCUGAACGGAGAAGGUCACCUGACGCAUGUGUACGAUGAUGCUAGAACAAUGUACGAGUUCUUCCUCAGAGGCGCCCGAGUCUCCAAUAAUGGUCCCUGUCUGGGCUCCAGGAAACCAAAACAGCCCUAUGAAUGGAUGUCCUACAAGGAGGUAAUGGAGCGAACAGAGAAUCUGGGUUCAGCAUUUCUCCACAAAGGACACUCCAAGACCACCAACUGCCACAUCGGCAUCUUCUCUCAGAACAGACCUGAGUGGACCAUCAGUGAGCUGGCAUGUUACACCUAUUCUCUGGUGUCAGUCCCUCUGUACGACACGCUGGGAACAGAAGCCAUCGGCUACAUCAUAGACAAAGCUUCCAUCUCGACCAUAGUGUGUGACGUGGUAGAUAAAGUCAACCUGGUGCUGGACUGUGUAAAGGACACGGAGCACACUGUGAAAAACAUCGUUCUCAUGGAGACCCCCAGUGAAGACCUGGUCAACAGGGGGCAGCAGGCUGGAAUUCACAUCCUCAGCCUGCAGGAGAUGGAGACUAUCGGCAAGGCCAACCAUCAACCACCUGUGCCUCCACGACCAGAGGACAUGGCCGUGGUCUGCUUCACCAGCGGAACAACAGGAAACCCAAAGGGAGCUAUGUUGACUCAUGGGAAUAUUGUGGCCAACUGCUCAGCCUUCAUCAAAACGACAGAGUUCCAGUGUCCAGUCAAUCCCAGCGACGUCCACAUUUCCUUCCUACCCUUGGCUCACAUGUUUGAGAAAGUAGUCCAGGGAGUGAUGAUAGUACACGGAGCCAGCAUUGGCUACUUCCAGGGAGAUAUACGCACGCUGUCAGAUGACCUGAGCACACUGAAACCAACUGUGUUCCCCGUGGUACCCCGACUCCUGAACAGAAUGUAUGAUAAGAUCUUUGGGCAGGCCAACAGCUCUCUGAAGCGCUGGGUGCUGGACUUUGCCUUCAGGAGGAAGGAAGCCGAGAUGCUGAAAGGCAUCAUGAGGAGAGACACCAUCUGGGAUCGUCUCAUCUUCCGGAAAGUCCAGGCCAGUCUUGGAGGUCGCGUGCGUCUCAUGGCAACAGGAGCUGCUCCCAUCUCUCCCACUGUUCUCACCUUCCUCAGAGCUGCAAUCGGCUGUCAGUUCUUUGAAGGUUACGGACAAACAGAGUGUACUGCUGGAUGCACCUUGACCAUGCCUGGAGACUGGACUGCAGGUCACGUCGGAGCUCCUCUGCCCUGUAACACAAUUAAACUGGUGGACGUGUCUGAGAUGAACUACCUGGCUGUAAACGGGGAGGGAGAGGUGUGUGUGAAGGGUCCUAACGUGUUCCAGGGCUAUCUGAAGGACCCUGAGAAGACUAAAGAGGCCAUCGACGAAGACGGGUGGCUCCACACAGGAGACAUCGGGAAAUGGCUACCGAACGGCACUCUGAAGAUCGUGGACAGGAAGAAGCACAUCUUUAAGCUGGCACAGGGGGAGUACAUUGCCCCUGAAAAGAUAGAGAAUCUCUACACGAGGAGCGACGCGGUGGCACAGAUCUAUGUGCACGGAGACAGUCUGCAGGCAUGUCUGGUAGCAAUGGUGGUUCCUGACCCUGAUUUCCUGCCUAGCUGGGCAAAGAGGACCCUGGGACUGCAGGGCAGCUACCAAGAACUAUGUGGCCGAGCGGAAGUCAAGGCUGCAAUCUUUGAAGACAUGCAGCGACUUGGCAAAGAAGGAGGACUCAAGUCCUUUGAGCAGGUAAAGGCCAUCCGCAUCCACACCGAGAUGUUCUCAAUCGAGAACGGCCUGCUCACUCCGACUCUGAAGGCCAAGAGGAACGAAAUGGGGAAGUACUUCAGAUCCCAGAUAGACGAGCUGUACGCUGGGAUCAAAAUGUAAAGCGGUAGAGCGAGUGGAAGAGCAGACAUGAGAGCUCUACCGAAGGUGUUUUUAGAUUUUUAGAAAGGAAAGAGGCAGAGUACAAACUAAAGCAAAUGAAGAGGUCCAACGAUCAUCAACCUGUUUAGCCUUCAUGAACAGUAACAACAGAAACGACAGGAACACAAAGUGAUUCAGAGCAUUUAUAACAAAAACACUUACCAUUAGGAUCUACGGCAUGGAAUACAAAACCACUGGAGGGUCCAGAGUAGAUUUUAUGCUUACAAUAAAUGUAUCUAUGAAGGAGCUUUGAUCAUGUGAUGAUUCCAAUCAGCUAUUUUGUAACGUCGCUUCAGCAUUUUGAAGGGAAAUAUCAAAGUUUAGCUCUGUAGCAUCUCAGGACACACACAUAAGCACAAACCUAUUUAUUUAAAGGAUAAAGAGGGAAGACUCAGGUCAUUGAAACGGGUUACUGUAAAUGUCGAUGAAGAGUCCUAUUGUGAUACUUCACAUUCAACAUUUCAGUGUCUUGGAGAUUUUUUUUGUUUUUUGUCAGACGUCAUAAUUUUAUUUUAAAACUGUGUUUCUUGAGUUUGUUCAAUAGGAAGUUUAAGUCCACAAUAAACAGGAUUGUUUCUGUUGGAACGUCUGAAUAAUGAAAAAGCAAGCCAGCUGAAUGAGCCAUAUUAAAGAGUAGAAACAAAGCUAGCUGCACACCAGGAAUUCAGGUACUCCAGAACAAUCAGUGUCAAUGUUUUAAUUUAUUUAUGACGCUAACGAGAUUUGUCAAAGAAAUCAGUUUU